GUUUCAGUUCUCAUUACAAGGACCGGGAGCACAGCACUGCAAAUUAGCAAUCCUCAGAAAGACAGAGACACACCUUAGUGAAACAUUCUGAAACAGGGCCAACAGUAACCUCACAAGGCCUCAUCAUGUGGGACCCAGAUUUAGGGGUGGAAAGUAGUGACUCUGAAGAUGAAGAAGAAAUACAGUUUGAGAUGCUGGAGAUGGAGCGAGAUGAGGCCAACCAAAAGCUGUUUGAGAUAGAGCAUGUGUCUCAGCAGCUCCUGAAUGAAAUCGAUGCCUUGGAGAUUCAGUUCCAGGUGGAGCGGUCAUGUCGCGAGAAUGCAGAAGCAUUUGCCGUCAAGUUAACAAAGGAGAACAAAGUUUUGAAGAGGAAAAGCCAAGCCUUACUACCAAUCUUAGAACUGCCAGAAAACCUGAACUUGAACUGCAACUUGGACCCUGAGGUUGACACUGAACCUGACCUUGACACCAGUGCAGAUCAUGUCAUUCAGUAUCAGGACAAGAUCAGAGAGGUACAGAGCUCCUUGGACCAGCUGCUGGAGGAGAAGAUUCAGCUGCUGGAGCAGAUGGAGGCCCUAAAGAGGGAAAAUGUGGAGCUAAAAGAACAGCUGGUGAUGGAGAUCGAGGAGAAGGAGUCUAUAUUGAGGAAGCUAAAUAAGCAGGACAGAGCCGUAAAGAAAAUGAAACGAGUGUCCCAGCUGGUCACCCAGGAGUUCAAUGACAUCUCCCAGAGACUGGAUCUGGAACAGGGACUCAGACAGCAUGCUGAGGUCUUUGCCCACCAGGUGCUGGUUCAGCAGCAGGAGGUGCAGAAACAGGGCACAGAGACAUUAUCAAGCACAGAGACAUUACCAAGCACAGAGAUGGGGCCACAGCUCCAGCAGGCCUUGACACAGGUGGCCCAGAUUACAAGGAUUCUUGAGGACAUUCAGCUCCGUUACCAGAACCAGUCACAAGCUGCCCCGGAGGAAGGAAGUACCAAUGCAGAGCUCCAGAACAUUUUGGAGCAGCUAGCAUCAAGUGAGACAGAGCGGAGAGCACUGGAGGCCCAGCUGAGUGAUGCCCAGAGCACGGUUGCUAAGCUACAGGAGGAGGUGCGACACCUAGAGGAGAAGCAGAAGGAAGCUGUGGCGUCACCACAGGCAGCAACAGAAAAGGAGCAAGUCUCAAGCCCUGGCCCUCCGCCUCCGCCUCCGCCCCCACCGCCUCCUCCCCCUCCGCCUCCUCCACCGGCUUCAACUCAAAGCAACUUGGACCCCCUGGAUGCCCUGAGAAACAGGAGGAAGAGUUCUACUGGAAACAAAGAGGUGAAGCCCUCAGGGCCACUGUCAACACAAGACAAGAAGGCAAGAGCGGUGGACGAGAUGAUGGAGCGCAUCAAGAAGGGCAUUGUGCUGAGACCCACCCAGAAGCCACAGUAUGGAUCAGAAGAUGACUCCGCGUGGACGGUUGAGAAGAAUGAGAAAAGAAAGUCAGCUGUCCAAGAGCUGCAGGGCAUGUUGAACACAUUGACUACGCGGAGCCACUGGCGAGGGGCGUCCCGCAAGAGGAUCAACUACCAGGUUGGGGAUGCCGAGCUGCAGUCAGUGCUGCUUCGAAGGAGGAAAGCCAUGGGAGAUGAGCAGGAACGGGCCACCUUGGGCCCAACACAGGAUCAAAAGUCAGCCGGUCUGGCAAACAGCUCCCUGCCCUGGGGGAGGGAAGCAGGGAACGCCCCCGUGCUGCGGAGACUCAAGCAAAACCGGGAGAACAGGAAUUCCCGCGUCAGGGCUUCGGGGUGUAUCAUCUGGGAAAAUAGCUGAGCGCCGCAGAGCCGAGAAGCUACCGAGGACAGAAGGCUAUAGCUGUUCAUCCCGAGGCAGGUGACAUGGGCUGACGGAGGCCCUGAUCAAACCAUCAACCAUUAUAUUAGACUGUAAUGCAAAUCAUUUUUUGACCCAAAUUAUCUUGUGACAAUUCCCAACCGUCACCAAACAGGACUUUAGGUUUUGGCGUUUUGCGGUUCCUACCAUUCAGUCCUACAAUGUUUGAAAAAUUAUAACACAGCUCCUUGUGUUUUACCACCUCCAGCAUUUGUACUUUUUUAUUUCCAAAGCCAAGCUAUGUCUUCAAUGCAUAUGUUAAUAAACAGUCUGAUGGUUCCCA